AUGUUUGGUUUACGUGGUACAGUCGCAAUCGCUUCCGAUGCGAGUCGUCGACUCCUUCAAUCUGUAUCGUUUCAUGGGGUGGGUGCCCGAUGCCUCAAUAUAAGAGCAGGGGUGGAGAUUCCAGACCAUAAGCCCCUCAAGUUUGCGCUUCAGUACAUACACGGUAUUGGCAGAGCCAGGGCUGCCCAAAUCCUGUCUGAGCUCAACAUGAGCAACAAACUUGCCAUGGACUUGACCAGAAGAGAAGUUGUUGCUUUGGAUGAUGUACUCAGCAAGUACGUCAUUGGAAGGGAUUUGGCGGGUCUUGUUGAUAGAGACAUAAAGAGAAUGAAAGACAUUCAGUGCUACAGAGGGAUAAGACAUGUUGAUAACUUGCCGUGCCGAGGGCAGCGCACCAGCACCAAUGCCAGGACCAGGAAAGGUAGUCAGCGGGUUGCUGUUGCAGCAUCAAAGAAGUUGAAGAAGUAG